AUGGGACGGUACAAUCUCACCCUCCCGUCACUGGAGUGCUCAUGCUGUGGGAAAACAUGGGCAGUGGGGCUCAGCGAUCUCCUCAAGUCUGGGUACUGGCCAGCCUCUGUACAUUUUGAGACCGUGUAUGAGGCUGGCCUUUUUAGGUCUUUUCUGGACUUAAAACUUUUUGCUCCAGGUCUUUCAUGUCAAGCGUUCCUUGGAAUGCUUGACCAGCGAACAGAGUACAAUGGCAGGAGUGCUAAAAUAUGUGGAGACACAUUUCAGAAAGCCUUUCUGGAGUGGACCUUUGCCCAGCAUGAGGUUGAGAGGCUUUGUGGUGUCCAGCCAUUUAAAUGUCCCGCUUGCAGUCCGUCCAUGCAUGCCAUCUCAGUGGAUGGUAACAGGAAGCUUUACAGGUUCCAUAAUGCACUUGGGUAUAAAGGCUACUUCGAUGGCACAUUUAUAAUGAAGGAUGAAGGUGUUUCCUCCUCUGUGGAAAAUGUGCAUGAAAAGACCAAGCAUGCCACAGGUAAAAGGGUGUGUGGCUCCUCUCAAUGGACAGCAGCCAAGGAGUCUGCAAAAAAGUCGACAUCAAAGAUUGAUGAGGAAGGCCUUGAGAUUGCUGUGUGCCAACAUGGAGGACUUUUAAAAGGCCUAAAUAUGUUCAGAGGGGAAAUAUUUGCUUAUCCCCUGUUCCUUCAAAACACCCUCUCAAAAGAAAAUGUGUCAUUCUUCUGCUCAGAUGUUGCCUGCAAGUACUGGCCAUACUUAAAGAGAGUGGUGGGACACUGUCCAGAGCUAAGGCCUUUAUUAAAUAUGCGCCCACUAUUAUCAGUUAUGCAUGCCAAAGCACAUGAGUGGAGCUGUGAGAUAAAAUGGUCUGGAAGAAACCAGGAGGGAGCUGGUCUUACAAUUGGAGAAGAAGUGGAGCAAGUCAACUCCUUCUUGUCGAGAGCUGCAAUUUGCACUAAAUGCAUGUCCAAAGCUG